CCUCAACACUCGACCACCCAAACUAAAUCAACACACGAACCAACACCCAAGAUGGCCGAAGGAAUUGACCGCAACCAGGAUGAGAAGAUGGAGUUCACCACCUCCAAGGAGGUUACGGUGGCGCCAACUUUCGAGGCUAUGCACCUGAAAGAGAACCUCUUGCGCGGUAUCUAUGCCUACGGCUACGAGUCGCCCUCCGCCGUGCAGUCGCGUGCGAUUGUGCAAGUCUGCAAAGGUCGCGACACAAUUGCCCAAGCCCAGUCCGGAACGGGAAAGACGGCGACCUUCUCCAUCUCCAUCCUGCAGGUCAUCGACACAGCUGUGCGCGAAACACAAGCUCUUGUGCUUUCGCCCACUCGUGAACUAGCGACCCAGAUCCAGUCCGUUAUCAUGGGUCUCGGUGACUACAUGAACGUGCAAUGCCACGCCUGCAUUGGAGGAACGAACGUUGGCGAAGACAUCCGCAAGCUUGACUAUGGCCAGCACGUCGUAUCGGGAACUCCAGGACGUGUUGCUGAUAUGAUCCGCCGCCGCAACCUCCGCACGCGCAACAUCAAGAUGCUGGUCCUCGAUGAGGCUGACGAAUUGCUCAAUCGCGGUUUCCGUGAGCAGAUCUACGAUGUCUACCGCUACUUGCCCCCUGCGACCCAAGUCGUUGUUGUAUCGGCUACUCUUCCAUACGAUGUCCUCGAGAUGACGACCAAGUUCAUGACAGAUCCAGUGCGCAUUCUGGUCAAGCGUGAUGAGCUGACGCUCGAGGGUCUCAAGCAAUAUUUCAUUGCCAUCGAAAAGGAGGAGUGGAAGUUCGACACGCUUUGCGAUCUCUACGACACGCUCACCAUUACACAAGCCGUCAUCUUCUGCAACACGCGACGCAAGGUUGAUUGGCUGACCGACAAGAUGCGUGAGGCUAACUUCACGGUAUCUUCCAUGCACGGUGAUAUGCCACAGAGGGAGCGCGACAGUAUCAUGCAGGACUUCCGCCAGGCCAACUCGCGCGUGCUGAUCUCGACCGAUGUCUGGGCCCGUGGCAUUGAUGUGCAGCAAGUGUCACUCGUCAUCAAUUACGAUCUUCCCUCGAACCGUGAAAACUACAUCCACAGGAUUGGGCGAAGUGGACGAUUUGGACGUAAGGGUGUGGCCAUCAACUUCGUCACCCAGGAUGACGUUCGCAUCCUUCGUGACAUCGAGCUCUACUACUCGACCCAGAUUGAUGAGAUGCCCAUGAAUGUUGCCGAUCUUUUGGCAUAGACAGAAAAGUAAAUCUUGUAUGUAGGAUUUGUCACAACUUAGGAGUUGGGCGUUAGCAUAGGAUCGUCGACGUGUUAUGCGGGAGCUUCUGCAGAUUCGCGGAGUUUGGAAGGGAACUGAGUGUGGAGGAAGGGGCUCUACAGCCAUUGACACCAAAUUGAAUUCACGACUUCUUUACUCUCUCGAGCAAAUUCGUUUUCAUCAAACCGAUCAAGCGGACCUACCGAGUGCGCACCUAACAAGGAGCAAAGUCAAGUGAUACCACCUUAUCGUGAUUCCGGGUAAAA